GUGAAUCGGCCCGCGAACGACGUUCAAUUUCUCAAAUCACUCGGCUCCAAGAAGAUGAGCACCCCGGCUCAACUGCUCGAGCCCCUCACUAACCCCUCCGCGACCGCGGAUACGGUCAGUGCGGCCGUGCAGGGGCUCAACAACCAGGCUCGCGCGUCCGCUUCGACGAUUGGAGACUACCUCUGGGACGCCUUCAAUGCCGUCUUCAAGGCUGCCGGCCGCACCCCGCCAGAGCAUCAGGGGCAUCUGAUUGAUUUUCUGGCUCAGUUGCGGGGAACGACUGUCACGGACGCGGAGGGCAAGGCGCUGAAGCACGAGGACGGCGAGGUAUGGAGGGACUUGCCGACGUUUGGCUGGGUUGCGAGGGAUUUGUGGAAUUUUGAGCCAACAGAGCCCUCGGCGACAGCUCAGGACAUCUCCAAGUGGGAGAACUGGACCACUUUCCUCGCACAGCUGACUGCUCGGUCCGCGGGCGGAGGCUCCGAUCCCUUUGACUUCUCCGUGUUCGCGCUCUGGGCCCUACGAGAUGCGCUCGAGGAGGAGGGGGGGUCGGCCUCGAAGCCGGCAGUGCGCCUGGCCUCGUUGUGGGUGCGAUUUGUCGGUGAGCGGCUCCGCAAGCUGUCUGCCGAGACACGCGACCUGGACGGGAAUAUGGGCUCCUCAGCGGGCAAAUAUGGACAGCGCGGGUGGAAGGGAUUCAACGAGGACAGAUGGAAGGCAUGGGCAGAUGAGCUCAAGACAGCGCAAGCGACACUUGGGCCGGAUGAGACGAUUGAGGGGGCGGUGAAACUGAUGGAAGAGUUGUAGGAGCAAGGAUUCACGUGUCUCGGUUCACAUGUCUCGUAUCAUCUCGAGAAGUCAGUUGUGGGGGAAGUUAGUUCAAUGAAGACGAUGGGAUGCUGCUACUCAGGCUGCUGUUUUCUGGGCAGACGCUAACCCCGCCUGCUAGCCUAGCCUACCAAAGUGUGCACCCGGUCGUCGGUAUGCAGGGCAAAAACACCUUUGCAUACGUGCGUUCUUCGUACACUAUGCGUCUGCGCCGUCGGGGACGCCGCAGGCCAAGUUCGCAUCAAUAUUUCUCCGCAUUGCGUGGUAACGUUAAAGUC